AUGGCCGGAGGCUCAGUAGCUGGUCCUCGCGGUCGCGGUGGAAAAUUCAACAAACCAACCAGAGGCGGUGGCAAACACUACUCUCGUUCACUACAGCCAGUCGACGCCGAUGGCAACCAAGUCAGCAUGUGGUCGGCCGGUGCCGCAGACGAACGUUCCGAAGAUGACUCUGAGGAGGAGUCUAGUGAAGAGGAAAGCGAUCAUGCUGGCCCUUCAAAGGCUACAGCCGAUGUCGAGAACCGCGACGACCGCAAGGCCCUGAAAAAGGCCCGUAAAGAGGCUGCCAUUGCCAAGCAAAAGUCUCGUGCAGUCCAGGUGGGCGAUAUGCCCUCUAGCGACGACGAGAGCGACGACGGCAUGCCCGCCAACCCGAACCACUCCAGGUCAGCCCGGAAACAAGCCAAGAGCAGCGAUGUCGAUGACAUCACGGAGGGCGUCCAGAACAUGAAUGCCCCUGGGAACCGCAAGGAACGGGAAGCUGCCGAGGCCGCAGCAGCCAAGGAGAAGUAUAUGAAGUUGCAGGCAGAAGGUAAAACAGAUCAAGCCAAGGCAGAUCUUGCUCGUCUUAAACUCAUUCGAGAGCAACGCGCAGCCGAUGCUGCACGAAAACAGGCUGAGAAGGAAGAGAAAGAAGAGCAAGAAAAGGCUCGAAAGGCAGAAAUUGAGGCCAAAGAAGCCAAGAAGCGGGAGGCUGCCGCUGGUCCCAAAAAGGCCAGCAAGAGGAAAUGA